AUGUCGACCAAUCCCGGAUCCGAAACCUCCAUUCUUGACCAAUCCCCGAAUACAACCCCACUUGUCAACAUGUUGGACAAUCAACCCCAAGUACUUCUUCAAGAAAAUCCAUUCAAACUCGAACCUCACCUGCUUCGAAAGACCUCAGAGUCAAAUUCCACCAACAUGGACAAUGCAGACACCAAAGAUACCACUGCAAAUGCGAAGAGGAAGGCGCCUGUUGACAAUGUUCACCGUGGGCCGAUUGACUUCGAGCACAUCACAUGGGAAGAGUUGCCGAGCAUGAUUCAGAAAAGAAGUCAAAAGGCGAAGAACGCAGCGAUAAAGAAAGAACGGGAUUCCUUGCCUAGAGCAAAGAAAGGAUAUACCACUUCGAAGGGAAUCAUCGGAGAGACACUUCAAACCCUUAUUAACACCCCGGAGAUAGAGUUCUUCGAGCCUACGGAACAAGAGAUUGCAAGAAACGAAGCCGGAGAAUACCCGUUCGAUAAACGCUCCAAAAUUACCAAAGAAACAGUAGAGACACCAAAGAAAAGAAACCUUAAGGGAGGCGAAGAGGACUCUACGCAAUACCAAGAGGCGGAGGAAGAAGUCGAACUCUUACUCGAGAAAUACCUCCAACAUCUGCACAAUAAGGGAGCACAGGCCGACAAUCCGGAUGCUGACCCUGACUCAGAAAUUUCGGCAGCCCUCGUUCACUAUAGCAAAGAGACAGCACACCCCCGCGCAAAAGAACACAUUGCGAAAACCUUGAGAUUUAUCCAAGAAGCACCUCAGAACAAUAAGAAUCACAGUCUACCUGACAAAUCGUGGCUCUAUGAACACCAAGAGGUUAGAGGAUUGAAAGGACAGACACAUCUGAAGAAAUACGGGUUUUACCAAACAUUUUCCAGAAGAGGUCUGGCGGGAGACGGGUUCCUCAAGGACUUAACUGAACAAGAAGGAGGACUCGAGAAAGAUCUGUACUAA